CCGUCUUUCGGUUCCGGGGAGUGACCGGCGAGCGCGAGGCAGAAGCGGCCCCAGAAGCUCCCGGCACUGCGGGUCCCCAGCCCGAGACAAAGCUGGCGAGAGCCCGAUGGUGGCAGGCCCGAGGAGGACAGGCAGUCGGUUUGCGCUGGACCUGACCCCAAGGGCGGUCAGGUGCAAGGGGGGCGGGAGCGGGGCGGGCCGGCCGGCGGGGCAUUUAAACCCGGCUGCUGCCGGCCGGGACGCACCGCUUCGCGCUCUCCUCCGAUCCACGUCGCCGCCUUUCUUGGGCACCAGCCAGCAAGAUGCGGUCCUCCUUGGCUCCGGGCAUCUGGUUCCUCCGCGCCUUCUCCAGGGACAGCUGGUACCGAGGCUUCAUCUUGCUGCUUACCUUCUUAAUUUAUACCUGUUAUCACAUGUCCAGGAAGCCCAUCAGUAUUGUCAAGAGCCGUCUGCAUCAGAACUGCUCAGAGUUAAUCAGGCCCCUCAACGACACCCACAAUCCCAAUGACACCACGUGGUGUAGCUGGGCUCCGUUUGACCAGGACAACUACAAGGAGUUACUGGGGGCCGUGGACAAUGCCUUCCUCGUGGCCUAUGCCAUCGGCAUGUUUAUCAGUGGGAUUUUUGGCGAGCGGCUUCCCCUCCGUUAUUACCUUUCGGCCGGAAUGCUGCUCAGCGGCCUUUUCACGUCGCUCUUUGGCCUGGGAUAUUUCUGGGACAUCCAUGUCCUCUGGUACUUUGUGCUCAUGCAGAUCUUUAAUGGACUCGUCCAGACCACAGGCUGGCCCUCAGUUGUGACCUGCGUUGGCAACUGGUUCGGGAAGGGGAAGAGGGGGUUCAUCAUGGGCAUCUGGAAUUCCCACACAUCCGUGGGCAACAUCCUGGGCUCCCUGAUCGCUGGCAUCUGGGUGAGCGAUCACUGGGGUCUGUCCUUCGUAGUACCCGGCGUCAUCACCGCUGUCAUGGGCAUCAUCACCUUCCUCUUUCUCAUCGAGUACCCAGAAGAUGUGGACUGCGCCUCGCCUCAGCACCACGAUGGGCCAGAAGAAAACCAGAACAACCCUGAGGACCCUGGGCACAGCCCCUACGGUCACCAGGAGAGCAGCCUGGAGACGGCUACCAAAUGCUCCAAGGAGCCAAGUGCUCAGCCUGUUGCCAUCAGCUUCUUUGGGGCGCUCCUGAUCCCGGGCGUGAUCGAGUUCUCCCUGUGCCUGCUGUUUGCCAAGCUGGUCAGCUACACCUUCCUCUACUGGCUGCCCCUCUACAUCUUCAAUGUGGCUCACUUUAGUGCCAAGGAUGCUGGGGACCUAUCUACACUCUUUGAUGUUGGUGGCAUCAUAGGUGGCAUCCUGGCGGGGCUCAUCUCUGACUACACCAAUGGCAGGGCCACCACCUGCUGCAUCAUGCUGAUCUUGGCUGCCCCCAUGUUGUUCCUGUACAACCGCUUCGGCCAGAAUGGGAUUGGAAGCUCUAUAGUCAUGCUGAUCAUCUGCGGGGCCCUGGUCAAUGGUCCUUACUCGCUCAUCACCACUGCUGUCUCAGCGGACCUGGGGACUCACAAGAGCCUGAAGGGCAACGCAAAGGCACUGUCCACCGUCACGGCCAUCAUCGACGGCACCGGGUCCAUAGGUGCAGCUCUGGGGCCUCUGCUGGCCGGGCUCAUUUCCCCCACAGGCUGGAACAACGUCUUCUACAUGCUCAUCUCUGCUGACGUCUUGGCCUGCUUGCUCCUCUGCCGGCUGGUGUACAAAGAGAUCCUGGCCUGGAAGUCAUCCCUGAGCAAAGGCACAGGGUAUAAAGAAAUGUGAGGCCCCGGUUGGAAGAGAAGCAUGGAGGGGCCCAGCUGGGUCCCAAAAUGCUCCCCCGGGGAAGACAAUCGAAACUACCACAGACUGCUGAGGCAAAGCCUCCUGACCUAACACCAGCCCGCCCAUGCUAAGGGCAUGGUCUCCACAGGAAGGCGGCGGCCGGAGCUGAGUGGUGUCUCCAUCCUGCUAAGGGAAAGAUCUGCUCAGAUUCCUGCUUGUUCAGGUUCCAGGACAGAAGGCAGAGGCUCCACAGGGCCGAAGCCUGGAAAAGGCACAUCUCUCCUCCUCCUGGUGUUAAAUCUGAGCCUCUGUCAUCAGCCUGCACCUCUAGGUGGGAUCCUGACCCGACUUCAGAGCUGCCCAGCCUCUCACCGUCCCUUUGUCUGCAAUUCCUUUUCUCUCCAUGGGAUCCUGUUUCUAACGCCUGACCUGUUUGGAUGAAAGCAUUACGUCUGUAUCCUCCAGGGCCGGGACUAGCGUGGAGCCAGGGAAGUGGCACUCUUGGGCUGGUACCUGUGCAGGCCCUGAGAGUGAGGGCCUCCCUUGCCUUACCCUCAUCCCAGCUCUCCAUGUCCGCGUGGAAGACGACACGCGAGGGCAGUGCUGUGGGGUGAGGGGUGGGGAGGGCCAUGAAUGAAAAAUAAGUGCGUUUUGAUAAAAACACCAGUGUUUUGAUAAAGAAGUGCCAGUGGUUACUGAGUGCUCACUGGAUGCCAGCUCUACUCUGGGAACGGGGUACACAGGGGACACAGAAAAAGGACCUACACCCUGAGCGCAGGCGCCAAGGUGACAAGGUUGUUUCUUUCAGGAGCCUUGACAUGUGUGGCUUCCAGGAGCUCUGCGUAGAGGCCUCUUCUCCCCUGGGUUCCUGAUGGACGUGUUCUGUCCACCUCACAUCCCAGUGUGCUCCAAGGCAGGCGAGCUCUUGGCAUUUCUGUCGGACCUCUGAUGCCGCCUGUCAGCAUCAAUAGAUUUCUUUUGCUGGCUAGUUCUUGUCAGGGCUCCCAUGGGUGGCUGAGGCAGGGUCCCAGGACCACCAGGUUGUGUGCUGGGGCUGGUUACAACGGUCAUUCCCAGAGGAGAUGGUCAUGACAACAUGGAUGACCUGUGGGGCAAACCGGGAACUUGGAGCCUCACGUAAGAUAUAACUGUUGCAUUAACUGGGACACUGGGUGGGCCAGCGCGUUAGCUGGAUACAAACCCCUCCACGCUGAAAUGGGUUGCACACACGCCAGUGGUGACAUAGACAUACGUCUCCAAGUGCUUGAUACUCUGGCUUUGAAAGCAGGAGCCAGUCGGGGACCGCUGGUCCUCAGGCCCCACAGGACAGCAGCCGGAGCGCGUGGUAUUGUGCUCGCUAUUCAGGAAUGCUUCUUUCAAGACUAGAAAGGUUUAUCUGACAUCAUCCCUCAGGGGAGCCACUAGAUGGUGCCAUAACCCCAUAGUGGAGCCCAGCGUGCACCUGGGCUCCCUUUUGUGGUCCCUCAGGGGGACGGAAGAGCAGAGGUUUCUUCACUUGCCAACUGUCAGCUUUCCUUCCACUGCAGACAGGUCAGAGUAGGAGGGAGGCUAUUGUUCCUCUCUGGCGCUUUUGAGGUCUUCUGUCCUCCAGCCUCACCACUUACUAGCUUUAAGCCUGUUUCCUCAUCUAGAACAGGG